CUCCUCUUUCCGCUUCCUCUGAAGCUCGGAGGAGAGAACUUGUCGGUUUGGUGCUGUUUAAAGGAUCACCUUCCUCAUCCCUUUUUUCGCGGCUCUCUAGAUAAGCCCAUUCCCUUGUUCUCGGGAUCCCGCGCCAGACCGCUCCGCAGGAAGACAGCCUGGCGCAAAGAGCCGGCAAGUGUAGGGCCAGUCCUUGGACAUAAUGGAGCCAUUCACAGCUCAGGCUACUGGCUUGAAAUGAAAGGGAUGAAGCCUUCUGUCAAGGCUCUUACGGAAGAGGAGAAGAAGAAAGAUUCCCACUCCAAGGCAAAGUAUAGGAUGGAACAAGGUGAUGAAGAAGACUGCAAACAACUUCCAAAAAAGAAGCAAAAGGUUUCUGGAAAAAGACAGCCUGUGGGAAAGCAACCUCAUUUGAAGUCCAAAAAGUGCUCUAGAAAGUCAGACCCAUCAACCUAUGGAGCAGGAAGCUUAGAAGAGCAGUGGUACUUGGAGAUUCUGGACAAGGGCCGUGUUACUUGCCCAAUCUGCCGAGCUGUAGUGAGGAAGACGGUGGAAGGAUUGAAAAAGCAUAUGGCAAAUUGCCACCAGGAGAUGUUCACAUGUCACCACUGUGGGAAGCAACUGCGAUCCCUGGCAGGAAUGAAGUAUCACAUCAUGGCAGAUCACAACAGCCUGCCAAUUAGGAAGGAAGCCGGCCAGUUGGAUAAGCAGAGUGAGCGAGACUGCUUGCGGAGAGUCCUGAAGCGCAUGGGGAAGCUCAAGUGCACAAGGGAGGGUUGUACAGGCAGUUUCACCAGCAUAAUGGGGUAUCUCUACCACACACAGAAAUGUGGAAAGGCAGCUGCCGAACUGGAGAAGAUGGCUUUAAAAUGCCACCACUGCAGUAAAGCAUAUCGGUCCAAGGCAGGCCUCGUUUACCACUUGAAAUCUGAGCAUGGACCUGUGUCAUUCCUCCAUGAAGACAGCAGGCCAGCCCAUUUGAAGGACACAAGCAUGGAACCAAACAGCAUAGGCAGAAUUCAGAGGAAGUCUGCCAAGGUGGCUGCCUACUACCUGCAUGAGUUGGCUAAUGAAGAACUUGCAAAGGAGUGGCCAAAGAGGAAAGUCUUGCAGGAUCUUGUUCCUGAUGAUCGGAAGUUGAAAUAUACUCGACCAGGGAUGCCUACUGUGAGCCAGGAGGUGCUGUGCAAGUGGAGGUCAGAAAUAAAGAUGUACAGACGGGUCCAUUGCCCCAACCAGGGCUGUGAGUGUGUCUACAGCAGCAUCUCUGGUCUUAAGUCCCAUCUGGGCAAUUGCACCCUGGGUGAGUUUGUGGCUGGGAAGUACAGGUGCUUGCUUUGUGAGAAAGAGUUUGUGUCUGAGAGCGGGGUCAAGUACCACAUAAACACUGUGCACUCUGAGGACUGGUUUGAUAACACAAACACCACUAAGAGCUUUGAAAAACUGGUAAAGCUGCAGCAAAAGGAAGCCGAGCAAAAAAGGCAGCGCAAGAAGCACAUCUCCAGUCGGAGCCGUAAGAAGAAGCUGCGGAACUCUGCUUCAAAGAAGUCACCGAGGCCGGGACCGGAUCAGAACCAACGGCAGGCGGUCAAAGUCAGCCAUGCUAAGAUGGCAGACUGUGAAAGCAGGAGCAUGGAAGAAGAGGAUUCCCUCCCCCUGAAGUUCAGUCACAGAAGGGUGAAGAAAUAGCCUCUUGCAGGACUUGCUGCUUUGCAGGACAGGCACUUGGAAACAGGAAAGAGAAUAACUUCUUGACUUGAAUUCACCUCUUGCAAGUGCAGUGAAGGAAGAGAGCAGGGUGUCUGGGAGAAGAACUGCUCAACAGCAGAGAGUAAGGAGAAGACUUUCCCCAAAUUCCACUGCUCCAGCCUAUUGCAGUAGGACAAGGCCUGUUACAUACUGUUACAUACUGAGCCAAGUAGGAUUAACUUGCAUCACAGAUGCUAUGAAGUAUUACGCCACAUAGAAAAUAAAGUUACUAAUCACUCUA